AUGAGCCCCGACGGCUUGGACGACGUCUACGACGCUCUCGAGGCCUACAAUUGGGAUGACGAUGUCGAGUUCCAGGCUGGUCUGCAGGCCAUCUUGGGCAGCACCACUUCGCCCGAGCAGACUUCCGAACUGACGCUGCGCGCCCGAUGCUUCUAUUAUUCUAGGAAACACUCCACCAACAUCGACUUCGAUGCCUACAAGGCCUACCGCCUCCAGCGCGGCCGUCCAGCCCUCGUCUCACCUCCUCCAUCCUCCACCUCCACCUUUUCAGCUUCAAUAGACUCUGCCGUCACUAAUAACCCUGCCCCGCAACACACACCCAGCGCUGGUGGCAUUCUCCCCUCCCCUUCGGCCUCCAAUCCAAACGAGCCCCCAGCGCCCUACCCCACAUCGUUCGCCCACAUUGUUGAGCUGGUGACCACUGGUCAGCCCAUCCCGGGCAUCAAGGACAUCCCAGACACCGUUCUAGAAGGUCAGGGUUCAUUACCCGCCAAGGGCAGAAGGAGGAAGCCUUGGGAGAAGGAUGAGAAUGCAGCGCAGGAAAAUGGAGCUGGUGUAGCUGACGCUGGAACUGGAACUCCCGCUGCCGCAUGA